AGAUUUGUUGGCAUUUGUUUAUAUACCAAUAAUUGGAAAAGAACUGGAGGUGUUCAGAGAAACAAUAUGGAACUCGCAUAGAGUAAGGUGCCAGAAGGAUGCUCAGGUACCCAAGGGAAUACCAAAACAUUUAUAUGCAUUUCCUGAGCAAUAUGAAUCUGAACAAUGUGGUAUGUAUUGUAUGCAUUUGCUUCAAUCAAAACUGUUCAAUUGCUAGCUUGAUAUAUUCAUAUACCAUAUACGACAUUAAUUAUAUAAAUUCAGUUAUCUCUGAUUAACAGGUUUCAGUGUAAGCAAAGAAGCACUUGAUGAGGUAGCCAAUCUCUCUGAAGUCAUGAGUGUUGGGGAUGAUUAUUUAACUCAUGCUGUGAGAGAAGAAUGUGAAAGUAUUAUACCUGCAAUUAAUGAUGUAAAGCCAAAUGAUGCUGCAACAGCUUAUUUAUUUCUGAAGUCACAUUACAAGGAGCCAUCAGCCAGUUUAUCAGGAGUUGGUGAGAGCACCUGA